CUUUUUUUUCGACGUUUAUGUCACUUUUAGCGAAGUUUUUCCGACUCUUUUCGGCGUUUUUGUGGCAUUUUUUCAUCUUACUUCCACAGCUCCUGAAGCCACCAUGUCGAGUUGUUGCUAUGGUAACGUUAGUAACGGACGCAGAGAGACAGAGAGAGAGAGACUGGCUAACGCACAAACAUAAUAUCACUUUAACUGACAGUUUCUACAAUGGCGUCGAAAAACAUCGACCCUUUAUCAGUUGAGGAGCCUUCAGGAGCUGUUGAAGAUGAGGAGGAGACGGAGGAAGAGCACACAGCGGCAGCAGGAGGGUGGAGCCGGGAGACUCAGGUUCCUGGGAAGGUGUUACGGGCUCACAGUGACGCCGUGACGGCCGCGCGACUCUGCUUCAACGACCGCUGCCUCCUCAGCUGCUCCGCCGACCGCACCGCCAUCCUCUGGGAUGUGGCGAGCAGCAGACCUCUGAGGGUGUUUGACGGAGUUCACAGUAAAACCAUCACAGAGUGCGCUCUGAUCCCAAACACCAACAGGUGAGAGUCAGCUGGUCCCAAACACCAACAGGUGAGAGUCAGCUGGUC